AUGAUCGAUCCUGAAGACAGGUUCUUCGCCACCAGUGGUGCCAUCUAUCCUGGAGGCCCAAGCACCUGGCAUAUCAUCGACUGGGACCAACGGCGGCUCGUCUCGGUCACCAUGGACGAGGAGCUUGAGUCAGAGGAUCCUGCGUUCAAGCAACUCAUCAAGCACAUUGACGGCCUCGCACCCAACGUCUAUGCAAUUCACGUCUCUUCCAACGGUGACUUGAUAUCAACCUCCACUGAUCCAAAGGAUGACGAGACACGCUGUGUUUACCAUCCACCGCUCGAUAAGAUUCAACGACCAGAACAAGUUAAAGUUGUCUCGCGGGGAAAACUCGAGGAACUCGAUAGACUGAGUCCAAAUGUUGACCUCGUUUUAUGUCCACAGUCCUCCGAGCCUACUAAGAAGCUUGUCUUCAAAUACUACUUUCUCUUUCAACACUUGUCCUUUGCGUGGCAUGAGAUGAAUCUAUGGAUACGUCUCCCCAAGCACCCAAAUAUCGUCCCAUUUGACAGCAUAGUCGUGGAUGAACUCGAAGGGCGAUUCGUUGGCUUUACAACCGUAUACAUUCCAGGGGGCACCUGGGAAGAGAACAGAACUCGUCCAUUCAAGCUGAAAUGGCUUCACCAGCUUAUCGCCGUCGUUGACGAGUUGAAUCUAAAUCUCGGGGUUGCUCAUCAGGAUAUCGCGCCCCGAAACCUACUUAUACAUGAGGGGACGGACUCCUUGAUGCUUUUCGACUUCAAUUUCUCAGCGCGUAUUGGAAGGCCGGGAUACUCAGAGGCUCGGAAUGAUAUCAAGGGAACUUUAUUCACAAUGUACGAGAUAAUCACUCGCAAUGAUGAUCUGCGUGCUAUCAGACAUGAGGAUCAAGACGUCUCGGUCAUUGAACACGAGGACUGGGUGAAGCAUCCAGAUGUUCUGCUGGACCACCCAACCUCGGAAUUUCGCCACGUACUCAAGGAAUGGUGUGAGAAGCGGCGAGCCGGGAAACAAAUUACUGCGUACACAGACGCCGCCAAUUUCCUGGACUGGCCGCCGGUUCCCGACCCACCACUUUCCGAAGUCGAAACACACUACGCAAGUAAGACCGUGAAAGAGCUCAAAAAGUUGUAUGAUUGGAAAAGAAAUGAAUUGCAGGAACAAGGCAAGGCCAUCCUGAACUGGCAGCGCCCUCCUCAAAGGCCUAAGCAAGGUGAGCCGACUGGGAUCGAGGGCAGCGGCUCUAUUCAGCAACUAGGCUAG